UCAUUUAUGAAUACCUCACUCAACCUUCUGACAAACGCAUGUACGAAUGGCGUAAAUGAUAAAUUCAAAUAACUAGAUUCAAAAACCAAACACGCUGUUUUAACUUAUUUUACGUCUUACCUCUCCAGCACGAACCUUAAAAUCGAUAGAAUAUUGUUAAAAAAAAAUCCCCACAACGCUUCACAAAUACUAGGAAUGUGCAAUUUCUCCAUAAAUUUCAAGUAAUGUUUGACCUUGAGCCAUGAUGCUACGAAAAAGUAACGUUGGCUCGUAUCAAUAGAAGGAACUGAGGGUAGAGGGAUUGAGUCGUGACGUCAUUCAUUCAUGCAGCAAACGAAUGUUUUCCUGCAUGCUUAUUGUAUUUUUCUUGUACACCGAAUCAUACGAAAUUAUCGUUGGCAUUUAACUCAUCAUUUAAACCAAAACCAGUGUUUCUAUUUACAUCAAAUCGUAAACUUCUUAAUGUAUACUUGCACGUAAAAAUAAAUAAACCGGAAUACCCUAACCGGGCGGCACCUUCGCGUUUAGAUCAGUUUGUUAUGCACACUGUACGUGUACUCGAGUCACGAUGCGUGUCGAUGGAACGUUGAUGUCAUUUGUUUCAUUGUUUGAAUCAGGCAUACCGUCUGCGUAGUGAAGAAGAGGGGCAGUAAAUUCACAAAAUUUAAGAUGUCAAGCAAAAACAGAAAGGAAAAGCCAAAAAUGAAACCAAUAAUUCAAGUUGUCAACCUUUUCCACCGGGUUGUCGAGUUGAUAGCAAGUGGAGUGUUCAGCUUGAUUGCGUAUUUCUGUCAUCCUAAGGAAUGUCAACCUCCGAUAAAGAACCGUAUCUUGUUGUACAGUGCCUCGACUUUAGCUGCUCAGAUCAGGCAACAAGAGAUCACUUCGGAAGAAGUAGUUCAAGCCUACAUAGAUAGAAUUAACGAAAUUCAACCAAUCUUAAAUUGCGUCGUCGAAGGUCGUUUUGAAGAGGCACUAGAGGAAGCUCGAAAAUGCGAUAAAAUGCUGAGAUCGUCAAACGCACCAUCCAUCAAAGUUUUAACAAUGGAGAAACCGUUUCUUGGAGUGCCAUUUACGACAAAGGACUGUAUUGCUAUUGCGGGAAUGAAACAGACCGCUGGAUUAGUUGUUCGUAAAAAUACAGUAUCUGAUAGAGAUGCGGAGACUGUAAAAUUAAUGAGGGCUGCUGGUGCUAUACCUAUUGCUAAAACUAACGUUUCUGAGUUGGCCAUGUGGUGGGAGAGCAGCAAUUGCAUAUACGGAACAAGUAGGAACCCCUACAACACAAGGCACAUUGUUGGAGGUUCGUCUGGCGGUGAAGGUGCUUUGAUAGCAGCAGCAGGUUCACCAUUUGGAAUUGGUUCGGAUAUUGGAGGGUCGAUACGUAUGCCUUGUUUUUUCAAUGGUAUUUUUGGACAUAAGACGACAAGGGGGGUUGUUUCAAAUGAGGGUCAAUAUCCGAGUCCUCAUCAUGAAGAACAGGACGUUCUUCUCAGCCUUGGUCCGAUGUGCAGAAAUCCGUUUGACUUGAUUCCUAUGCUCAGAGUAUUAGCUGGAAAGAAUGCCAGUAUGCUUAAUCUAGAUAGUAAAGUGGAUCUUUCCAAAUUGAAGAUUUAUUAUAUGGAAGAUGAUGGUGGGCAGCUAUUGGUGAGCCCAGUUGAGCCUGAAAUAAAAGAGGCAAUGUAUCGCGUCAUUGAUUACUUCGCCAGAGUUCACAAGGUGAAGGCAAAAAAAGUAGAUUUAAAAAAGAUGAAAAAGAGUACUGACCUCUGGUUGGCAAACAUGAGUACAAAGGAUGCGAGAGGAUUUGCAUAUGAAUUGUCCAACCGGACAGGAGUGCUGAAUAUAUGGUGGAAGUUGGCUCAAUGGUUCACCUUUAUGGGCCCUCAUACAUUGAUCGCAUUGAUCACUGUACUAGUUGAAAGUUUCGGAAUUAAAUUCGGGAGCGAAAAACAUACGAAACUUAUUCAGCAAAGUAGAGAUCUUUAUCUAGAGUUUAAGGACAUGCUAGACGACGGCGGCAUAUUUUUAUAUCCCACACAUCCCACCGCAGCGCCGAUGCAUCAUGAGCCACUGAUCAAACCAUUUAAUUUUUCUUAUACUGCAAUUAUCAACGUCUUGGGUGUGCCUUCAACAGCUUGCCCAUUGGGUCUUAAUCAAAACGGUCUUCCUAUUGGUAUACAGGUUAUUGGCGGUAUGUAUCAAGAUCAUUUAACCCUUGCUGUCGCGGAAGAAAUUGGACGAGCAUUUGGUGGGUGGGUUCCACCGCCGCUUAUCGAAAACGGUGCGACGAUCGAAGUUCCAACAGAUAUUGCACUGUAUACAUGA